ACUGAUGGUUUUGGUAUGUCACUGCCAACUGAUCUUUGCCAUCGAUUUACAACGGCUGAAAUCAAAGCAGCUACAAGAAAUUUCGAAGAUCAGAACAUUAUUGGCUCUGGAGGUUUUGGUACUGUGCAUAAAGGCUAUAUUCAAAAUGAAUUCAUCCCAGUUGCAAUAAAAAGGCUAAAUUCAUCGUCAAAACAGGGGACUCGCGAGUUCCACACAGAGAUUGAGAUGUUGUCCAGGCUCAGACACAUUCAUCUCGUCUCUUUGGUUGGAUACUGCGAUGAUCAAGAUGAGAUGAUCCUUGUAUACGAGUACAUGCCGCAUGGGAGCCUUUAAGAUCAUCUAUACAGAACAAAUAACCCUCCUCUCCCAUGGAAGCAAAGACUACAAAUAUGUAUAGGAGCUACAAAAGGGUUACAUUAUCUUCAUACAGGCGUAAAACACACCAUCAUCCACCGUGAUGUGAAGUCAUCAAACAUACUAUUGGGCAGGAAUUGGGUGGCCAAGGUUUCAGAUUUUGGCUUGUCAAAAACAGGUCCCACCAGUGAAGACGAAACCCAUGUCAGCACUUCGUUAGAGGUAGUGUAGGCUACCGUUAGAGGUAGUGUAGGCUACCUUGACCCCGAGUACUAUCGCAGGCAACACCUCACUGAGAAAUCUGAUGUCUACUCAUUUGGGGUAGUGUUGUUAGAAGUACUGUGCGCCCGGCCACCAAUCAUGUCAAACCUAAACAAAGAACAAGUGAACUUGGUUGAGUGGACAAGAAAAUGUUGUCGGAAAGGAACUCUUGAUCAGAUUAUUGACCCGCAGUUGAAUGGUGAUAUCACAUCUGUCUCUUUAAACAAGUUUGUGGAGAUCGCUGAAAGUUGUGUGCGUGAAAAAGCAACUGAAAGGCCAAAAAUGUGUGAUGUGAUAUGGAGCCUUGAAUUUGCAUUGCAGCUUCAAGAAUUUGCUGAGAAAAAUUCCCAUGCAAGUGAUAUUGUCAGUGAGAACCAGAAAGAAUCAUCUAUGCCAUAUAAGGAGGUCGCUACCAUUGAUGAUGAUGAUAUAUUUACAUUCUCAGGUGGACCGAUUAGUGAUUCAAGGAGCACAAUUAGUACCAAAGAACGACUCUGAUGAAGUGAAAUCAGGUUUUUCAGAAAUAAUUAAUGCGCAGGGAGAAUGAGUUCGAAAUGAACCCUAAAGGGAGACGUAGGCG